AGUUAACAUGAUUUUCAUCCCAAAUGUUCUGUUCGGUCGGGGUGUGAGGGCCCUUAGAGUUGAGGUUCAACCUGUUGGAGGAAUAUAUAUAUUAUGGUGCGUUGAGGAAUAGGGAAGCUAUUAGUGUGAUUAGCUAACUGCACUGAAACUGUAAGACAUGGAAGCCCAAAGACCACAUGCAGUCUGCAUUCCAGCACCAGGUCAAGGCCACAUAUCCGCCAUGCUCAAGCUAGCUAAGCUUCUUCAUCACAAAGGCUUUCACAUUACCUAUGUUCUCACUCAACUCAACUACACCCACAUCAUGCAAGCCAGAGAUUUCCGCCCUCUCAAUCAAGCACCCACUUUCUGCUUCGAAACCAUCCCCGACGGCAUUCCGUCAAGGGAAACCCGCAAUAGCGCAAUAGAUCUGGUCGAGAUCAUCUUUUCCAUUUCCAAGAAUUGCUCUGCUCCGUUCAGGGCGCUGAUUCAUAAGCUGAACGUAGCGUCGGAUGUUCCUCCGGUUUCUUGUAUAGUUUCCGAUGCUUUUAUGUCGUCCACCACUAUUGGAGCUGCCCAGGAGCUUGGAAUUCCGGCAGUAGUGUUUUGGCCUUUUAGUGGCGUCGGGAGUAUGCUCCACCUACACUCUCUGAUCCUCCGCGACAAGGUAUCAAUAAACAACAAAGAUGAUGACUAUAUUAUUGAUUGGAUCCCGGGAGUGAAAAGUAUUCGUCUAGGGGAUAUCCCAACCUCGGCUUGGUCGCCCAAUCCAAAUGACCCCAUAGUUGACAACACAAUUUCUCAAGUUUCAGGAAGCUACAACGCUUCUGCUGUCAUCUUUCACACAUUUGAUGAGCUAGAACCCCAGGUGUGCAACGCAUUGCGUUCUAUGUUCAAUCGAGCCUACACUAUCGGACCCAUUCCACUGCUUCUCAAGGGGUUUCCAGAAAGUGAUGAAAUUAACCAAAUUGAAUGUCACAUGUGGAAACAAGAUCAAGAUUGUUUUCAAUGGCUCAAUUCCAAAACUCCAAAAUCCGUAGUUUAUGUAAACUUUGGUAGCAUGGCGGUUACCAGCCCUGAUAAGCUGGUAGAGUUGGCAAUUGGCCUGUGCAAAAGCAUGCAAAACUUCUUGUGGAUCAUCCGCCCCGAACUCAUUUCUGGCAACUGGUCUGAAAUUCUCCCUCCCCAGUUUAUGGAUGCGAUCAAGGGCGGCCGCAGAGGCUAUGUGUCCCAUUGGUGCGAUCAAGAACAAGUGUUGAACCACCCUUCCGUCGGAGGGUUCUUAACCCAUUGCGGAUGGAACUCGAUUGUAGAAAGUAUGAGCGCGGGAGUGGCAAUGAUUUGUUGGUCAUCUUUCGCGGAACAAGGACUAAACCGAUUGUGUUGUUGCUCCGAAUGGGGGUUUGGUCUAGAGAUAGAGCUUGAUGUUAAUGGAGAGAACGUUGAAAGUGUGGUGAGAGAGCUAAUGGAAGGAGAAAAGGGUAGAGAGGUGAAGAAGAAGGCAUUUCUUUGGAAGGAGAGAGCUGAGGCGGCCAUUGGUGUUGGAGGUUCAUCAUUUUCCAAUUUGGAUAAGUUGAUUGGGGAAGUGUUGUUAAGUGGUUGCCGACAGUUUAAAAACUAAGACCUGGGAAUUUGUUAUUUUUCUAGGUUAUUCAAUUGGGGUUAAUUAAUUU